AGUUCUCAAGCUGACCGCCGACUGCUACCCAGCAAGCGAAGAUCCAGACGCAGGUGGACCAUGUGGACACUGGUGAGCUGGGUGGCAUUGGUGGCAGGGCUGGUGGCUGGAACACAGUGCCCAGAUGGUCAGCUCUGCCCUGUGGCCUGCUGCCUGGACCCAGGAGGAGCCAGCUACAGCUGCUGCAAUCCUCUUCUGGACACAUGGCCCACAGCACUGAGCAGGCGUCUGGGCAAACCCUGCCAGGUUGAUGGCCACUGCUCUGCUGGCUACUCCUGCCUUCUCACCAUCUUAGGGACUUCCAGUUGCUGCCCAUUCCCAGAGGCUGUGUCAUGUGCAGAUGGCCACCACUGCUGCCCACGGGGCUUCCACUGCAGUGCUGAUGGACGAUCCUGCUUCCAAAAAGCAGAUAACAACCUCUUGGGGGCUGUCCAGUGCCCUGGGAGCCAGUUUGAAUGCCCAAACUCCUCUACAUGCUGUGUUAUGGCUGAUGGCUCCUGGGGAUGCUGCCCCAUACCCCAGGCUUCAUGCUGCGAAGAUAAGGUGCACUGCUGUCCCCAUGGUUCCUCCUGUGACCUGGUUAAUGCCCGCUGCAUCACACCCAUGGGGGUCCACCCCCUGGCAAAGAAGAUCCCUGCACAGAGGACUAAUCGGGGAGUGGCUUUGUCUACUUCGGUAGUGUGCCCCGAUGGGCAGUCCCAGUGCCCUGAUGGUUCUACGUGCUGUGAACUGCCCAGUGGGAAGUACGGCUGCUGCCCGAUGCCCAACGCCAUCUGCUGCUCCGACCACCUGCACUGCUGUCCCCAAGACACUGUGUGUGACCUGAUCCAGAAUAAGUGCCUCUCUAAGGAGAACACUACAGAGCUCUUCACUAAACUGCCUGCACACAUAGUGCAGGAGGUGAAAUGUGACAUGGAGGUGAGCUGCCCAGAUGGCUACACCUGCUGCCGCCUACAGACGGGGGCUUGGGGCUGCUGCCCUUUUACCCAGGCUGUGUGCUGUGAGGAUCACAUACACUGCUGUCCCAAGGGGUUUAGGUGUGAAACAGAGAAGGGUACCUGUGAGCAGGGGCCCUACCAGGUGCCCUGGAUGGAGAAGGCCCCAGCUUACCUCAGCCCACUGGAGCCACAAGCUGUGAAGAGUGACAUCCACUGUGAUAACUUCACCAGCUGUCCCUCUACCAGCACCUGCUGCCAACUCCAGUCUGGGGAGUGGGGCUGCUGUCCUCUCCCAGAGGCUGUCUGCUGCUUGGACCAGCAGCAUUGCUGCCCCCAGGGCUACACAUGCGUAGCUGAGGGACGGUGUCAGAGGGGGAACAAGAUAGUGGCCGGAUUGGAGAAGACACCUGCCCGCCCCAGAGACAUUGGCUGUGAUCAGCACACCAGCUGCCCAGUGGGGCAGACCUGCUGCCCAAGCCUGAGUGGGGGCUGGGCCUGCUGCCAGUUGCCCCAUGCCGUGUGCUGUGAGGAUCGCCGGCACUGUUGCCCAGCUGGGUAUACCUGCAAUGUGAAGGCCCGGUCCUGUGAGAAGGAAGUGGACUCAGCCCAGCCUGCUGCCCGCCUAGCCCAAGGCCCACUUGUGGGUGUGAGUGACGUGCAGUGUGGGUCAGGCCGCUUCUGCCAUGAUAACCAGACCUGCUGCCGAGACAGCCGAGGGGGCUGGGCAUGCUGUCCCUACCGCCAGGGUAUCUGUUGUACAGAUCAGCGUCACUGCUGUCCUGCUGGCUUCCGCUGUGGGGCCAGGGGCACCAAGUGUUUGCGCAGAGGUACCCUGCGCUGGGACAGCCCUUCGAGGAACCCAGCCCCAAGACAGCUGCUGUGAGGGACAGGACUGAAGACACUCCGCAGCCCUUGGGACCCUGCUUAGAGGGUGCCCACUGCUCAGGCCUCCCCAGCACCUCUCUCCAACCAAAUCCUCCCACCCCCACCAUUCUGAGUCCCUCUAUCACCAUGAGACGUGGGGCCUCACUCUAAGGCCUUCCCUAUCAGAAUGGUGGCUGUGGCAAAAGCCACAAUACAAGCUGCCAAGCCCUCCCCCCAUUUCUGCGGACCCUGUGGCCAGGUGCUCUUCCCUAUCCACAGGGGUGUGUGUGUCUGUGUGUGUGUGUUCCAAUAAAGUUUGUACACUUUCUUAACAGUC